AUGGCGCCCAAACGCCGCUCGCAAACGGCGGCAAGACGUACGACGUCCGCGCAGCAGCAAAGACUCUCCUUCCAAAGCAAAGUCACCAAACCCAGUAGUGCACAGCAAGCAAAGACCUCCAAGAAGGAUCCGGCAUUAAUCGACGAUAUCGCACGAGCGGAACUCCCUACCGCCGAUGCCAAGGAGGAAGCUCCACAGGCUGAAGAAGACGUCGCAGCAGAUCCUCUAUCCACCACCAGCCCCGCCGUAACCACCGCAGACGAAGCGAGCGCACGCAAGAUCAAGGACAGCCAGAUCAAGGCGUACUGGCGGGCGAAAGAGCAGGAGCGCAAGGCGCCGCGCGUGCAUCAGCAGGACUUGACGGUGUAUGAGAAGGUGCUGCGCGAGUGGGAUAUGAGUGGGCAGUAUGGGCCGUGUAUAGGCAUUGCACGCCUGAAGCGCUGGAAGAGGGCGAAUCUGCUGGGGCUGAAGCCGCCGGUGGAAGUGCUGGCGGUGUUGCUCAAGCAGCUGGACGAGGGGAAUGAAAAGGCGCAGACGGCGCAUGUGGAUGAAUUGAUGACGUCCAGAUUCACGACGGAGACAUGA